GUCAGUGCUAGAAGUCUGAGAGGAGGCAAAGCAAACCUCUGUCUCAUCCAAGCGUUUGUGGAAAGAGAGAGACAGAGACAGACAGAGACUGGCUCUGGUGUAGUGUAGUGUAGUGUAGUGUAGUGUAGUGUAGUGUAGUGUAGCAGUUGUUGUGGUGUCGUGCUGAAGUUGGGUGUGAUGUCACUGCCGCUGCUGCUCCCACUGCUCUCUCUGGUGGCUCUGGGUCAGGCGUGUCUGGAUCCUGAGGAGGCGUAUAGGUUCACAGGAGCCGUUUGCAGGCUCACCUAUCCCGCCGCGCUGGUCUUGAAUGAGAAAACCACGCGUGUGAUCGAGGCUGCUUUCCAGCAUGCAAAAUACCCCAGCAUAGAGGGGCAGAAAGGCAUGAUGGUGUUUGGGAAAGUGUCCUACGGACUUCACAAUCUGGAGAUCCACAACCUGUCUAUCGGUCACAGUGAGGUGGAACUGCAUGCUGGGGAAGGGAUUGGCCUCCUCAUCUCGAACGUGUCUGCAGUGUUCAAGGGGACUCUCAAAUAUGCCUACGGGAGCUGGCUGAUUAGGGUGUCACAGACUGUUGACUUUGAGAUUGAAUCUCAAAUUGACCUUGGUGUCAACCCAAAGCUUUACUGCAGAGCUGGGAAGGUGGCUGCAGACACCUCUGACUGCUUCCUCACAUUCCACAAACUCAAGCUGAUUCUGCAGGGAGAUAGAGAACCUGGCUGGUUGAAACGAGUCUUCACAGAUUUCGUCACCUUCACAGUGAAACUUGUCAUUAAAGGCCAGAUUUGCAAGGAGAUCAACAAUGUAGCAAACAUUCUGGCAGACUUCAUACAGAACCAAGCAGAACAGUUUCUCAGUGAUGGCAACAUCACAAUCAACAUCGGAGUGACCUCAGCGCCAGUCAUCACCUCCAACUACGUGGAGUCUUAUCACAAGGGUCUGACCAUCUAUAAUGGCACGAAAGCUGUCAUCAAUGGCUCGGUCUUCCACCCAUCUCAGCUGACCGAGGACCACAUGCUGUACUUCUGGUUAUCUGAUGGCGUCUUUAACCCACUAAUAGCUGCUGCUCACCACGACGGACGCUUCAUCAGGAACAUCAGUGGAGCUGAACUCAUGAACCUCUUCAAGACAGACCUAUCUACAGAAAUGCCAGCCUCCAUCAAGCAGAUCCUUGCCUCGGAGGCUGCUGUGUUGACCGCCUGGAGUGUAAGCGUGCCUCAGCUGUGGAACGUUCCCGACGGAACGCACGUGAAGGCGGUCGCUGCUGUAGAGCUGUCCCCUGGCGUCCCCAGUGCCGACAUCCCCUCACUAUACUUUGAGACGGAGGUGGAGGUUAGUGUGCAGACAUCUUACGCAGACAAGAAACUCAUUCUGAAGGCUGCGCCUGUUAAAAUUUCCAUAGAUAAGAUUCUUCAAAACCAAGAUACCAUUGCGCUGGAAGAUGCCCUGGUGAAUUACUUAACUGAAGCUGUAGAAAGGAUUGGGAUACCCAAAGUCACAUCAUACCUAGAGCCAGGCUUGACAGCUUUGAUGGACAUGCAGGGACUGAAUUUGUUUGACAUCAUCAAUCCUGAGGUGGUGACACAAAAUGGGUAUGUGGUCGUCCGGAUGGGAUUUGGAUUUCCUCAUCAUCUACUUGUUGAGUUUCUAAAGAAAACACUAGUGUAACAUGACUGUGUAACUGUGAAUUGACUUUUUUGGGAGGUAUUUUGUCAUAUUUUUGAAUUAACUAAAAUAAUUUGACCUUUGUUUUA